AUAAACACAACACGAAGCAACUGAAGGCAAAUCAAUCAUCGACAUACUACGUGAAAAUGUCUUUCGGAUAUGCCGUGGGCGACGUUAUCGCCAUCCUAGGCCUCUUUGAGCGCAUUGCCAUCGAGCUGCGCAACUACAAGGACGCCCCGAUGCAUUUUCAACGGCUUUGUGCCGAACUGGAUCUUGUGCGGAGCACCCUAAAGCACGCCUUGAUUUUGGAACCUGAGUCCCCUGCGGAGCGUCAGACGUUGGAGAAAGUCAGAGCUAUCAUCACGCAUUGCGGGCAGCCCCUGCAGUCCAUGGCUGAGAAGAUGCGAGCAAAAGAAAGCAGCUUGGGCCACUUUGAAACUACCAGGAGCCUAAGCAGUAUCGGAACCAGGCUUCAUUGGUCCAUGAUAGCGCAAGGCGAUGUGGAGGAAUUGAGGAAAACUAUCAUGUCUCAGAUGGCUGCUAUCAAUAUCCUCCUGAGCGUCCAGCAGAUGAAUCGUAUCGAGCACAUCGCAUUAAAGUCUCGUAACAUUGAGACCAGCCAGUCAUUGAUGGUUGAGAAACAUGCAAAUGCCAUAGCAGGACACGCAUCGAACAUCCUGACCAUAACAUCGAGAACCCAGAGUGCAAUCGACGCACUGGCAGUUGAUGCAGGUACUAAUGCCGAAGCACAGUCCAAGCAAGCCAAUAUGAUUAAUAAGAAUUUGAAUGCUAUUGAGAAGACAAUGCUUGGCCUCACGCAGAAAACUGAGAACACCACAGCAAUGGUUCGUCGCCAAGCGGCUUCCUUAAGUCGCCACGUCAAGAUUCUAUUUCGUCUUAUGCAAGACCUGAAAGAGCUUUUUAAGCUUCUGACCAGAUGCUCAAAAGAAAUGCUUCAAGCCAUUAGCAGAAACACGUACAUGCUUCUUGAUAUCACUGCGCAACUAAAACACAUCAUACGAGCUAUUGAGGCAAUACCACUGCAUCUGACUCUUGAUAUCGUUCGACUAGAUGAUGCACAUGGGGAAAGCUGGGCCUUGCCGCUACAGGCUUGUACAACGUGGGAAUCCUUCAACGACAUGCUCCAAUUCGUAGUCUAUGCCAACAACAGGCCCGGAGCAGAUUAUAUUACUCACAACCUAUUCGACGUGUCGAAUGCUAAGACUGGAAAACAUGUCGAUCAGAAUACUUGGGCAAUUAAUCUAUGUGGUCGAUGGGCUGCGACAACCUUUACGUCAACACCCCUGAUAAAGUUAUACAACGAUGUCGAGUCUCACUUAUAUCCUCGUAGUCAUUUGAGAAUGCCCAGGAGAACGAAGACAGAAUUAGGUUCUCAAAUACCCUCCAUAAUUUCGAAAGAAAAAACACAAACCUUUCGUAGGAUCAGAUACCUUCAAUCGAUGGAGCCUAUACAGAAUAUGGACGAUGCUCAUCGUCUAUUGAGUGAAACCCCAACUCACCCCAUGGCAAACGCCUUCAUUGGACUUGAAAUUCUUCGAACAGUAGAAGAAGGAUUUGUGGAUAAUUCAGUUCAAAAUGCAAGAGAACAUUUAGAAAUCGCCGUUAAAUCAGAUAGUUCCAUUGCCGAAAAUUGGUACCUCUUGGGUCGAGCAUGUAUUAAGCUGCAGGACUACAAAAGAGCUCAUGAAUGCCUUCAAAGUGGCAUAUAUAUCGAACCCAAUUGCCCUUCUUUCUGGAUAACAACUGCUAUACUGUACUUCCGUAUAAAUCAGUACCGCGAUUCACUCGACUGCUUAGCCCGCGCUCUCAGGCUUAAUUAUCAUCUCUUCGAGCCUUGGUAUAACCUCGGCGUCUUUUAUGACUUCUGCAACAACCAACACGAUGAUGCUGUAGACGCAUUUAUCCGGUGCCUGGAACGGGCUCCGGGUUUGCUGAACGUUCAGGCACGAGUCGACGCUCAGAUAGCCUAUAUUGAAGACGAUGACCUGAAGCUUUUAAAUGAUAGCUUAAUCGAAGAAAUGAUUGAAGCGCCAUUAAGCGACCAGUACUACAAGGUUCAUACCAUACCUGCCUCAGCUGAUCACAUCACUCUGGAUCCUGUUCGGCAGGAUCCUUGGGAAGACAAUAACGCAGAUAAAGAAAGUCUAAGCGAUGAUGAUUACACUGAUUGGGAGGAAUCGAGCGAAGAUAACAUGAUUGCAGCCGACUUCUCACAGAGGAUGGCUUAG